CUCCUUUUCCUCCAUUACACGACACCGUUCCAUCCAACAUCCAUCAAACCCUAAAAUCUUUCUCCUUCUUUCCCCUCCUGCGCCGGGUCCGACAACCUCACCAUUUCUGAGAAAUCUCUCUCCUAACACGGCGUCUUCCAUAUCUCUCUCAGACUCUCUCUUUCUCUCUCCGUACUAAACAACGCUGCCUCUUCUCUCCUUGCGUCGCCGUCUCGCCGAGAUUCCACCGACAACAGCCGCCACACUCUUCCUCUCUCCGUCUAUCUCCGUCUCGUAAAUCCUCUGUUCAGCCUCCCUCUCGUUCUUUCUCUCUCCCUCAGUCGAUCCCAAUCUCUCCUCCCUUCUCUCUGUUCCAUCUCAAGUUUUCACCACGAACAAGCGCAACCCUCCAGAAAAUCACACAAAACAGUGUGUGGUCACAACAGAAAUGAGAAAAACGGCAGCCGUCGGGUCUGGGUGUAAGGUGCAUGCAAAGAGUUAUAUCUAAUAUUUUGGAGGUUUCAUUUGCUUGUGGACUAUAUCUCCCAUUGACAUAAUAUUGCUUCCGGGUGUCAUGGAUCCUAAUGGUUUUAUUGACGAGAAGUGUGAAAGCAGACUUUACAUUGGUAACCUUGAUUUGAGAGUAACAGAGGCUGCUCUGAUUAAGAUGUUCUCUCCCUUUGGGAAGAUUGUAUCUGAAGAUUUCCUGUGGCAUACGCGUGGCCCAAAACGCGGAGCACCAAGGGGUUUUGCUUUUGUCCAGUAUAGUACAAAAGAGGAAGCUAAAUUGGCCAAGGAGAAGAUGCAUGGGAAAUUAGCUUGUGGCCGCCCAUUGGUUGUCCGGCUGGCUAGUGAGAAAUACUUGGUGGAAACAGCUGAGAAGUCUUCCAAAGCGAUGGGUGAGUCAAACAGGACAAGUAUUUCUGGUAGUAAUUCAGGACAAAUGAGUCGUGGGGCUACAAUAGCUGCAAUCAGGAAUAAAUUAAAAGCUUUGGAGGAGGAGGAGAGCUCAGGUGGAAAGAAGCAGAAGCUGGGGGAAAGCAUAUCCUGCAGUGAAAAGCUGGAUCUCCCCUCUGGCAACAGAUAAUUGGGAAUUAUAAUUAGGAGUUGGAAAUUUAUCAAAGUGAGAGUUCUGCGAAACCUUACUACCCAGUCUCGGAACCUUGUGAGGCAUUAGCAUGAUCGAUUUGCUGAAAUGGAAAUGAUUUCAUGUCAUAGUAAUACUGUAUAAUGGUGACAUUAUCAAUGCAAUGGUUUUUUGUAUCAAUCUUGACCUUUUGUGUCGUGACUAAAAAGCAAUGGUGAAACCCAUGGCAUGUUUGUGGCCUUAUACGAAAGAUGAAGAAGUUUUAGUUAGAAGUUGUCGAUAAA